AUGGCCCACUACGAGUCGCUCUGGGUACUCAAGGUCCUCCUCUUCAGUAUCUUCUGCACAAUUGCAAUAUGCGUCCCAACCGCUUCCAAACAAGGUCUUCGCGAAGAGAUUCGACAGCUGGAGAAGAAUCCCGAUCAAUGGAAUAUCUACUUGCUAGGGCUGCGCAGGCUGCAGAAUAUCACCCAGAGUGAUAAGCUUUCCUACUAUCAAAUUGCUGGCAUACACGGACGCCCUUACAUAGCUUGGGACGGCGUACAGGGUGACCCAAAGGGAGGAGGUGGGUAUUGUCAACAUGGAAGCAAUAUCUUUCCCACGUGGCAUCGGCCAUAUCUUGCCCUAUUCGAGGAAGUCUUAUACCUCAAUACCCGCCAGGCUAUCUCCGAGUUUCCUAGCGGAAAGCUAAAGGAUCGAUACAACAAUGCUCUGUCGACCUUCAGAAUGCCCUACUGGGACUGGGCUGCUGUUCCUCCAGCAGGCCAAGGAUCCUUUCCUUUGAGCGUACAGCGACCCACAGUUGACGUUGUCCUGCACAACGGAACCUCGACCAUUGCGAAUCCUCUGUUCUCGUAUCGAUUCCAUCCGAUACCCGUCAGCGACUUCGCACCCGGGGCCUGGAGCACCUGGCCUUCAACGAUGCGAGACCCAAGUUCGUACGACGAGAACGCAGCAAGCCGGAACGAUAUCGUCGCGCGGGACCUCGAAGGGAUUCGAGUAAAUCUCCAGUCCCGAGUGUACAACCUGCUUGCGCUGCAACACGACUACUUCAAUAUUAGCAACGACCAACGACCGGGUGAGAAUAUCGAGAGCAUCCACGAUACGAUCCAUAACUUUGUGGGGAGUGGUGGCCAUAUGAUGGACCCUGCAUAUGCGGCCUUUGACCCAGUGUUCUGGCUACAUCACGCCAACGUCGACCGACUGGUCGCCAUCUGGCAAGCCCUAAAUCCUAACAGCUACGUAACACCAAACAGUAAUCCAUACGCAACCUUCACCACGCCCAUCAACUCUAUCGCAGACGCAAACACGCCCCUCCACCCCUUCCACAAAGACGACUCCGGAAACUUCUGGACAUCCGAGACAAUCCGCGCCCACACCAUCUUCGGCUACACGUAUCCCGAGCUCCUCGGCCUCAUCAACAGCACCUCCGCCGUAGUCAGCACCGUGAACUCGCUGUACGGUCCGAACGCCAUGCCGCCUUCCAAACGCAGCCUCGACGCACGCGCGAUCGCUGGAGCGCCUAGCUUCACCGGCGAGCGCCAAUACAUCGCCAGCGUCAAAGUCCGCAAGUUCGGCCUCGACGGCUCCUUCAACGUCUACGUAUUCCUCGGCGACGGCGCACCCGACGCUAUGCCGCGCACCUGGGCAGAGGACGCGAGCUUCAUCGGCGUGACGGGUAUGUUCGCUCAAACGGGCUCCGUGGCGACGGAGAUGGCGCAGCAAGAAGCCAACGGCGAAGUCCCACUCACCGCUGCCCUCGAAGCUAAGGUGCGGAGCGGAGAACUGCAGAGCCUGGAGGAGGACGUGGUAGCUGCGUAUCUCAGGGCGAAUCUGAAGUGGAAGAUCUCAAAGACGGACGGCCAAGUUAUCAGCAUCGACGAUGCACUGGGCUUUCAAAUCUCGGUGCUCUGGACGGAGAUUCAGCCUGCGCAAUCGGUGAAUGAGUUUCCGACUAUGAAGGGCGAUUACCAGGUCUUGGUGGGUGCGACUGAUGGGAGGACGGGAGGGUUCCAGAGCGGCGAUAUCUUGUAGUUAGG